UUUUUUCUUUCUCAUGCAGUAAUCAUGGGAAAACAGAACAGCAAACUGACCCCGGAGGUGCUGGAGGACCUUGUGAAGAACACAGAGUUUAAUGAACAUGAGCUCAAGCAGUGGUACAAGGGCUUCCUGAAAGACUGUCCCAGCGGUCGACUAAACCUGGAUGAGUUCCAGCAGCUCUAUGUUAAGUUCUUCCCUUAUGGUGACGCAUCGAAGUUUGCACAGCAUGCGUUCAGGACCUUUGAUAAGAAUAGUGACGGUACUAUCGACUUCAGAGAGUUCAUCUGCGCCCUGUCCAUCACGUCACGGGGAAGCUUUGAGCAGAAGCUCAACUGGGCCUUCAACAUGUACGACCUGGAUGGAGACGGCAAGAUCACUCGAGUGGAGAUGUUGGAGAUUAUAGAGGCUAUUUAUAAAAUGGUGGGCACGGUGAUAAUGAUGAAGAUGAACGAGGACGGUCUGACACCAGAGCAAAGAGUGGAUCGGAUCUUCAGCAAGAUGGAUAAAAACAACGACGACCAGAUCACACUAGACGAGUUCAAAGAAGCCGCCAAGAGUGACCCGUCCAUUGUACUGCUCUUGCAGUGCGACAUGCAGAAGUGAGGCAUGCUCCGGACUGACCAGUCAUCCGUUUCCACUCUCAUUUCCACAAGAGUAACAUGUUUGGACUACUUUUAAAUAAACUUUCUUUUUGUGAUCGCACAACUAGUAUGCAUGAGAAUGUUAACUGCUAAAGAGUUUAAAGUAUAUGUGUUUAAUUUCCAACAUGCAACAACGUGAGACGUGUAAAUCAAACACGUCCAGUUGUUUUCACACAUCCAUCGUCAGUUUAGUGCUCCGCCGUAUUUCAUUUCUAGCUGCAAUACUUCCGAUCACACACACACACACACACACACACAUACACAGACACUACAUUUACUGCUAUAAUUCACGCAGCAGUUUGGGAACCGAAACACGUCACACUAAAUGUUACGAUGAAAUCAGUCUGUUGAACUUCAAUACUCUAAAUUAAGGAGGGCGGAGAUUUUUAUGCAGCCCUCCUUCCAAAUGUGCUUGUACUUGAGAAUUUAAAUGUAAGUUAUUUGCAUGCAUGUCCUAAGUGUAAUAACCUACUCUCUCUUCAUUUCGGCAACCUUGAUGAAUAAUACAAGGAAGGCCUUAUAUAAAUGAUAGUAUCAAUAACAAUACCAAUGUGUGAGAUUUACAUUUGUUCCUCAUCUAUCCAUUAGAUGUUCUCCCUCGGGUGCAUGUUCUCUCUUAAAGACGUACGAUGUGUGUGGUAAAAGCUUUCUGUAAGGCACACGUUCCAGCCCUGCCACCAUUGUUAUUUGCAUCUGCUGGUUUCAACAUACUUUGCACUGUCACAAGGACCUAAUAACCAGUUUAACCAGUCUAAAACCAACGUUUCUUUCUCUUAAUGUUAAAAACACCACCACUGACAUUUUUCUUAUUGUGUUAAACUUUUUUUACUUUGCACAGUAUCAUCGCCACAUGCAUGAAUGGUUGCCUGUGAAUUCGUUUUAGUAAUAAUACAGAAAGGGCAAUGUAACAUAAUUAAGAUAAUUUUCCCUGGAGGGUGUUUAGUAAUGGAUCCGCUUCCCCUGGUAUUAUGACAAAACCUUAUCCUAAAUGGGUUUGGUACACGUUUACUCCUAGUGUGCUGCAUUUUUAUUCAACCGUUUUUUGUAAAACAGUAUUUCUACUCAAUACCCAUGGUUUUUAGCUGCAUCCCUCAGAAGCAACAAUUAAUUCCAGAGCCCUAGUUAUUUUAUUCUGUACAUUCUCUAACCUCCGUAUGUUAUGUUCUCUUUUAGAUUUUAAAAUAUGGCAUCCCAGAUCUCCCGCUUUCACAUCCUGUGACACUCAGGAUGGCAUCAAUCUCUUUGGAGGAGAAUUAGUAAAAUGCAACUGCCCAAUCAAUAGUGUAUAUGUUUGCCCUGUAAAUAUUUGUACCUAAUACGGUAAAGCCAAAUUGAAGCAGUCAUUUAAUUGUUUAAUAUGAGUUUUGUGUUUUAUUUGUGGCAUGUCUUCAGCUCGGUAUGUAACAGUUGCACUGACGACAUUGUGAUUAAAAUCAAUAAACUAUCUAUGGGUUGUUUUCAAAA